ACGCACAAAAUUCACACGUUGAGAUGGGUGAGAAGGGGAAAUACUUGGUGUUGAUCGGAGCCGGAGCUCUGCUGGGUUCUGCUGCUACCGUUGCUAUCUACAGACUACUUCUGCCCAGACGGGUGGGGAAGCAAUGUACUAAUGUAGAGGCGAAUGAGUUGAAGGAUCAUAAGUUCAUGGAGGACGUGAAUCACAACACAGUUGUUCCCGACCUGCUAAUGGAUGAAAUUGUGUCCGAACAACUGACAAGGAAUAUUCAGUUCUUUGGUCUGGAACACCAGAAAAAAGUGGUAUCUUCGUACGUUGUAGUGAUUGGCCUAGGAGGAGUUGGGAGUCACGCUGCAUCUAUGCUUUUGAGGUCUGGUGUAGGCAAGCUUCUCCUUGUGGAUUUUGAUCAGGUCUCAGUUUCAUCAUUGAAUAGACAUGCUGUUGCAACAAGAGAGGAUGUGGGUACCCCAAAAGCCCUAUGUCUGAAGAAGCAUUUCUCGACAAUUUUCCCAGAGUGCCAAGUCGAUGCGAAAGUGCUGCUAUAUGAUUCAUCAUCUGAAGAUGAAAUUCUAUCUGGGCAGCCUGACUUUGUCCUAGAUUGCAUUGAUAACAUUGAUACAAAGGUGGCACUUCUUGCUGCAUGUGCACGGAGGGGUUUGAAGGUUCUAUCUGCAACAGGAGCUGGGGCAAGAGCUGAUCCAACAAGAAUCCGCGUGGCUGACUUAAGAGAAUCGACCAAUGAUCCACUUUCUCGUGCGGUUAGACACCGUUUAAGGAAAGAUUACGGUAUUGAAGGUGGUAUUCCUGUAGUUUUCUCUUUGGAGAAACCAAAAGCGAAAUUGCUUCCUUUCAAAGGACCAAGUGGAGAAGAAGAAAAUCCUUCAGAUUAUCAAAUUGUUCCGGGUUUCCGCGUUCGCAUCAUUCCAGUCCUUGGAACCAUACCAGCAAUUUUUGGACAAGUUAUGGCUUCAUAUGUUGUAACUCAAUUAGCUGGACUGCAAGUUCAUAUGGAACCAGUUGUGAAUUUUGAUAUGGAUCAUUAUCGUGUCCUCCAUCAGCGCCUCAUCGAGCAUGAAGAGUUACAAUAUGGUACAACAAUACAAGUUCAGGUCGAUGUUGAGGAGGUUAUGUAUGUAGCCAAAGAGUUGUGGCACGGCCGAAGUGCAAGAGAUCAAUCGCCUAAAGAUGUUGGACGUGGAAUGUGGCGUUCAGUCAAUGAGUUAAUACUAAUCAGAUGGGAUCGUACGAAACCAGCUUCCGUCUCAAAUCUAAUUCUCCUUAAAUUUAAAGAGGCUGAUGAACACGAAUCAAGAUCACUGGAUGAAAUAAAAGAAAACGAACCAGAAUUUUUUGCUAGAGUGACAUCUGUGUUGAAGCGAGCUGAAAUAGACUUUGGUUUGUGAUUCCAAUGACACAUACUUGAAUGGUUCAGACUCACUAUACAUCGAUUUGAGGAUGGGGAAAUGAUCUGGGAUUCACAGCGGAUGUAUGAAAAUUGCAUGGCAGAUAUAGUUUUAUGGUUAGAAGGAUAGUUUUGUUAAAGACUUAAUUUUAUAGUUCUUGCACUCCCACAGAAGUAGGUGAAACUUAGGAAUAGGUUGGGCUGGAAGCAGCUCAGGUUUAGCUUGAGUUGUUCAUCUGUUCAUGAGAAACUGUAAUGUAUUACUUAGAUUCAAAAGUAAUACCCUUGUGUAAACUGAAAUCUUGUAUUGCUAUGGUCCUUCUGAGAUUAAAAAUGAAUUCUCUCUCGGAAA